AUGAAGAUUCAAGCCUUCCCGAUUAUUGCUGCAGUAGCAGGUCUGCUGUCAAUAGUGUACGGCGCUCCAGCAGGCAAUGGGCCAUAUGAACGUGCAGAUGAGCCAGAAAAAGAAGACCGCUCAUGCGCAAAAAGGGAUGCGGAAGCCCAAAAAGCUUUCACCGAAGGAAAACCGGUUGACGACUGCAAUUACUUUUGCAAACCUGACAAAGACGUGGAUUACUACGAAGAGAAGAAAUAUCCACUGGGCACCAAGUGCAUGUACAACGGUAAAGUAAGCAAGUGCAUAGAAGAGGGAUGCCCUUAUCCAAAGGAAUCUGCAGACAAUGACAAGAAGGGAGAGGAGCAGCCAGGGAAAGAGCCAGAUGGUAAGGAAGAAAAAAAGGAGGACCAAAAAGAAGAAAACGAAAAGGAGAAUACGCAAGGAGAUGAGGAAAACAAGAAAGAGGAAGAAGAAGGGAAACCGAAAGGAGAUGAGGGACACGAGGAAGAAAAAAAAGAGGACAAAAAAGAAGAGGAAGAGAAAGAGAAAACGCAAGGAGAUGAGGGAAAAAAACAAGAAGAAGGGAAACCGAAAGAAGAUGAGGGACUAGAGGAAGAAAAAAAAGAGGACAAAAGAGAAGAGGAAGAAAAAGGGAAAACGCAAGGAUAUGAGGGAAAAAAGAAAGAGGAAGAAGAA